UAUUCCUGGCAAGCAACUCGGUACCGCAUACUUGUUGAGCUUCCGUUCCCUCCCACUGGAAUUCGGAACUUCAAAGCUCCCUGAUAAGCUCUAGAUGGCCCAAUUUAUAAACCAUCAACAUCGCAACAACUUCCCAGGAGCUCCCCCAAACAAUAUGGAUAUCCCAUAUCAAGCCCUUUUUCAACCCGUCGACGAAACUCAGAACAUGCAAUCACUGUUCGUAGAGCCCCAGCCGCAGCCCCAAUAUUAUGGAUUCCCUCUACCAACUGGAAGUUCUCUGGACUCAGGAUAUGCGGGCGAAGACAUCAACCCUUUCGAAGACAACGUCUUUGGUCCAGACAUCAAGAUGGGUUUUGGGCAACAACUUAACUCAACAACUCCCAAUUUUGGAACAUACGGCUACACUGCCAACGAUCAACUGGCUAGCGGCCCCGAUCUAAACUACAUGCCAGUUGCUUUCAACGCACCAUUCACUCACAACUACAGCUCUCUGAAGCAGAGCAGCAACGUUUCUCAGAGCCCACCGGCCUUGGUCGCGGAUGAUUCAAUUAGUGUGAAGAGUGAAGACGCCUCGUCGGACGCAGCCUCGCCAGAAGCGACGACUUUCCCAGUCGACCAACAGAGCAGGAAAUGUCCGGGCACGCUCAAACGAGCGGCGACAGAUACAUCGCUGGAAAACCAGCCUGCCAGUAUACAGCGCCAGCCCGCCAAAGAAGGUCGUGGACGUACCCGGAAGCGUAUCCCACACACUGCGGUCGAGCGUCGAUAUCGUGAAAAUCUUAAUACACAACUGGAGAACUUGCGAUGUGCAUUGCCGAAGCUACAGGCGGCUCAUCGUCGCCGACCGAGUGACCCUAACGAUCCGAUGAAGCCGAGCAAGUGCGAGAUACUCAUAGGCGCUGUGGAACACAUCAAACGUUUGGAAGAGCAAGUAAAGGAAUUGAAGAAGAAACUGGGCGAAUGAGAAGAGGAGAAGCGCGAUGUCAGUAUGAUAACGAGAGAUGUAAUAGUCUGGGUCUUUGUUGCGUUUGUGCGCACUCGAUUGGGUGGGUCGAGGGAUAUAGAGAGGACAUAUUUCCUUGGUACUGAUGAGGUAUGUAGGCGUUUGAGUCAGGACACGGGAUGUGAUUUAUGGGAGGCUGUACUCUAUUAGACAAAUAGUAAUUAUCACACAUUCUCUGACCGAUUGUGAGCGAUGUGAAGACGACUGUCGGUCUCGAUUGAGAGAAUAAGAUGACAUGAAUAUGGAC